UGAACUGGACUUAAUGAUUGCUCUAUUUACAUGUCAGUCUCAGUGAAGUUGACCUCUUAUUGGACAAACUGGGAUGAGGCUCCACCCAACGGCGGAGUAAAGGGGUGGGCUGAAGAUUGGAGCUGCCGCACCCGGGUGGUGGGCACUGAGAUUCCAGCCCAGAGCCUGGGAGGUGCUGUCGUAGCUCAGAGGUGAAACUAUGUAGCCUCUUAAGAAGCUCACUUGGACCCCCCUGAACUCCAUAUGGCUCUAUAUGACGAAGAUCUCCUGAAGAACCCUUUCUACCUGGCCCUUCAGAAGUGGCGGCCUGACUUGUACAGCAAGGUGGCCCAGAUGCAUGGCAUUGUCUUGGUGCCCUGUAGAGGAAGCCUGCCCGGCAGCGUUCAGUCCUCUUACCAGUUCGAGUCCUACGUUUUGGUGCCCACUGAAGGACACUUUCAGACCUUAGAUGGAAAGGAUGUCCUCAUUGAAGGAAACAGGAUUAAGCUGGGAGCUGGUUUUGCUUGUCUUCUCUCUGUGCCCAUACUCUUUGAAGAGACUUUCUACAAUGAAAAAGAAGAGAGCUUCAGCAUUCUCUGCAUCGCGCAUCCUUUGGAGAAGAGAGAGACUUCCGAAGAACCUUCGGCACCCUCAGAUCAUUUUCCCCUGAAAACCAUUGAAGAUGUGAGAGAAUUUUUGGGAAGACACUCAGAGAGAUUUGACAAGAACAUCGCCUCUUUCCAGCGGGCAUUCCGAGAGUGUGAAAGAAAGAGUCUCCGUCACCACAUAGACUCCGUAAACGCUCUCUACACCAAAUGCCUCCAGCAUCUUCUCAGAGACUCUCAUCUGAAGGUUCUUGCAAAGCAGGAGGCCCAGAUGAACCUGAUGAAGCAGGCAGUAGAGAUAUACGUCCACCAUGAUAUUUACGACCUGAUCUUUAAGUACGUGGGGACCAUGGAGGCGAGCGAGGAUGCUGCCUUUAACAAAAUCACAAGAAGCCUUCAAGAUCUUCAGCAGAAAGACAUUGGUGUGAAACCCGAGUUCAGCUUCAACAUCCCUCGUGCAAAGAGAGAGCUGGGCCAGCUGAACAAGUGCACAUCCCCACAGCAGAAGCUGCUGUGCUUGCAGAGGGUGGUGCAGCUCAUGACACAGUCUCCCAGCCAAAGAGUGAAUUUGGAGACCAUGUGUGCCGAUGAUCUUCUUUCUGUCCUGUUGUAUCUGCUUGUGAAAACAGAGAUCCCUAACUGGAUGGCAAAUUUGAGUUACAUCAAAAACUUCAGAUUUAGCAGCUCGGCCAAAGAUGAGCUGGGCUACUGCCUGACCUCGGUUGAGGCUGCGAUCGAAUACAUCCGGCAAGGAAGUCUCUCCACGAAGCCGCCUGACGCCGAGGGAUUUGGUGACAGACUAUUUCUCAGGCAGAGGAUGAACUUACUGUCCCAGAUGACGUCAACACCCAUUGACUGCCUGUUUAAGCACAUUGCGUCUGGUAACCAAAAAGAAGUGGAAAGACUUCUAAGCCAAGAUGACCAGGACAAAGAUGCCAUGCAAAAGAUGUGCCACCCACUUUGUUCCUGCGAGGCCUGUGAGAAGCUCGUCUCUGGGAGGUUGAAUGACCCAUCAGUUGUCACUCCUUUCUCCAGAGAUGACAGGGGUCAGACCCCCCUCCAUGUGGCUGCCCUCUGUGGUCAGGCGUCCCUCAUUGACUUCCUGGUCUCCAAAGGUGCCAUGGUGAACGCCACUGACUAUCACGGUGCCACCCCCCUCCAUCUGGCAUGUCAGAAAGGCUUCCAGAGUGUGACGCUACUGCUGCUGCACUACAAGGCCAGCACUGAGGUGCAGGACAACAACGGGAACACCCCGCUGCACCUGGCCUGCACCUACGGCCAUGAGGACUGUGUGAAGGCUCUGGUCUACUAUGAUGUCCAGGCCUGCAGAUUGGAUAUUGGAAAUGAGAAAGGAGACACGGCCCUGCACAUUGCUGCACGCUGGGGUUACCAGGGCAUCAUAGAGACGCUGCUGCAGAAUGGAGCCCCCACGGAGACCCAGAACAGAAUGAAGGAAACACCACUCAAGUGUGCACUGAACCCCAAGAUUCUGUCUAUCAUGGAAGCUCAUCGUCUGUCCUUGGAACGGAGGCCGCGGCCUGCUGAGGUCCCUGCACAGUCCCCUACAUGCUCCGUGGAUUCCAUCAGCCAGGGCUCCUCUACCUCCAGCUUUUCCUCCAUCACGGCGAGCUUCAGGCAAGAAGAGGUGAAAAAGGACUACAGGGAGGUAGAAAAGCUUCUAAGAGCAGUUGCUGAUGGAGAUCUCGAAAUGGUUCGUUACCUUUUGGAGUGGACGGAAGAUGACCUAGAUGAUGUGGAUGAGGCCAUCAGCACGGUGGAUCUGGAAUUCUGUCACCCCUUAUGCCAGUGCCCCAAGUGUGCUCCAGCCCAAAAGAAACUGGCAAGGAUUCCUGCCAGUGGGCUUGGUGUAAAUGUGACCAACCAGGACGGCUCCUCUCCCCUGCACAUGGCUGCCUUGCAUGGCCGGACGGACCUCGUCCCCCUCCUGCUGAAGCAUGGUGCCUACUCAGGUGCCAGAAACACAAGCCAAGCUGUGCCGCUCCACCUGGCCUGCCGGCAGGGGCACUUUCAGGUGGUGAAAUGUCUCUUAGAUGCCAAUGCAAAACCUAAUAAAAGGGACCUCGGCGGGAACACGCCCCUCAUUCAUGCCUGCUCUGGUGGCCAUCAUGAAGUUGCCGCGCUGUUGCUACAGCACGGGGCCUCCAUCAAUGCUUCCAACAACAAAGGCAACACAGCCCUGCACGAGGCUGUGAUGGGAAGGCAUGUCUUGGUGGUGGAGCUGCUUCUGUUCCACGGAGCAUCUGUGGACAUCCUGAACAAGAGGCAGUACACGGCCGUGGACUGCGCACAGCAGGACUCAAAAAUAAUGGAGUUGCUGCAGGUAGUGCCGAGUUGUGUUGCAUCCUUAAACUGUGUCACCGAGACAGACCACAAGGAGUGCGUGACCGUCCAGAUCAGGAAGAAAUGGGAUCCCAAAAUGUAUAACCUGCCAGAAGAACCUUUUAGGAGACAGUUUUGCCUCGUUCACUCUGGGGGGCGGUUCCAGGAAAGAACCUCAAGGGAAACUUUGGGAAGGGAUAGAAGUGUGCCUGAUCUUACUGGAGGUUCUCUGCAGGAGCCAGAGAAGCAGAGUGUCUCGGGAAUUCAGAAGGACCCAUCAGACCAGAGCAGAUGUCAGGCUUCUGCGGAAGGAAACAAGGGGCCCCCAGAGAGGCCCGUGCCGACGAAGGCUGCUCCUGGACACAGGCGGAUGGUCCGCAGGCAUACAGUCAAUGACACAGCCAUACCCCAGGUUCCAGAGGUGACUGGCCACCUGACCACCCAAGAUGCUAGUGUUUCUCAAUCUUAGCAGUAAGGGAUUGGUAAAUCUGCUAUCGAGACACGAGUUUGCAGUAAGAUGGUGAGCAUGAGUACAGCUUAGAACUAAGCAUACUUUCAAAUAACCAGCUUGAGAGACUGUCCCUCAGAUUUACCACCCUCUCUCCUCUUCAAAGCUAAUAUACUUGAAAAGGAAUAGGAGGGAAUGAAUGAGCCCCUUCAUCUUAGUGUUUGGAUUUCCUGGUGAUGGGCAGAGGCUUCACCAUCAGAUUCUGACCUCCUUUGGCUGGAAGGUGCUGGGUGUCUGUGGUGUGGAUAAGCGGGCAAACCCUAUGCUAGAAGGAUCCCCACGUCCAGAAGUCAGAGAAGCAAUGUCAGUCCCGUGGAACUGGAUGCCAGGCAGAGAAGCAUCCUGUUGGGAUGAAGAAAUGGAACCUGGAAACACUUGAACUGGAAAGUGCCUGAAUGCAAUUUUGAUGUCCAUCCCAGUGAAAAGGAUCUACCAUUCUGCCUUGUUCUACACCACACCUAUGGGAAAAGUUGGCCGUCACUUUCCCAAGAACAGACACUUGGUCACUGCACAUGUGCACGUGUAGCCGUUUCUACGAUGGCUACUGGAGAGCAGCUUUGGCACAUCUGAAGUCUUUUGAUUCAAAUUCACAACUUACAGCACUCUAAGCCAGGUCAGAGUUUAAGUUAGAAUCUGUUGCCAUUGGUUCCUUUUUAUAACUUUCUAUAGAUUCUAUUAUUUUUUUAUGUUCCUGAUCCUAAAGUUGCAAACAUGGGUUCAUCCUGAGUCCAUUUUCAAAGGACUUUGUAAAGAGGACAUGAUUUUGUGCACAUUCUGGGAGAUACUUGCGGAUGUAUAGAAGGGAGGGGCUGAUUAUUUUUCUACAAAGUAAUUUAUGAUUUCUAAUUUUCUAAUGUGCCUUGGAUAUGUGCCAAAUGAUGGGAAAGAAAACAGUAAACUUUAUGACUCCUGAGCACGUCA